AAGGAGCAUUAGGGGAUGGCAACGAGCUUUGGUUUGGAGACGCGCCCUCGGAGUAUUCACAGCUGCUUGUUGUCAUGGACCAGCGAAGAUGGCGGGCCUGGCCUACAGCCUGGGCAAGCGAGAUAUAAACCAACAUUUCAACAUUAAGAACGCCAAGUUAAUAUCGCUCGUGCUCGUCGUUUUACUCUCCGUCUUCCACGCUACUUCGCGCUAUAUCGGAGGAGCAGAUUCAUGUGAAUGGCUGCUAUCCAGCGGACGUUACUUGGGGGAGAAUGUUUGGCAGCCUUAUGGCUGCAUGAUGCACAAAUACAAAAGCAUUGAAGCCAAAAGCUGCCUUUCUCAAAAGCGAGUGGCCUUUGUUGGAGAUUCCCGAAUCCGGCAGCUAUUUUACUCCUUUAUUGACAUUAUUAACCCUGGACAAAAAGAAGAUGACAAGAAGCAUGUGGACAUUGCUUUUGAAGAAAAAAGCCUCUCUCUUUAUGUGGACUUCCUGUGGAAUCCGGAGGCGAAUAACUCGAUGAAAGAGCGAUUGAUAUCAUGGAAGCAUGAAGGCUCAGCAAAGCCCGAUGUUGUCAUCCUUGGUGCAGCAACGUGGUCUAUUAAACUGCAUGGUGGCAGCAGCGAGACUUUACAGCAGUACAAAGUCAACGUGACCGCCAUGGCUCAACAUCUGGAGAGCUUGGCCCAGCGCGGAGAGGUCUACUGGGUCCUUCAAGAACCAGUAAAUGAGGAAUUGUUGCGAACGGACAGAAAGAUGAUCACCAACCGACAGUUGGAGCUCUACAACCAAGCGGCGAUGGACGCCCUCGAUGCUAGCAAGAGCAACAACAGGUGGCGCGUCAAGCUGCUAGCCGCCACCCGCCAAGCGGCCAUGGAAACCAUCGACCAGUCAGACGACGGACUGCACAUACCGGAAGGCACCAGAAAUAUUGGUGCCAUGGUUCUGAUGAACGCUCUGUGCAACAAACUCCAGCGACCCAUCGACGGUUCCUGCUGCCAAACGGUGCCGAUGCCCAACCUCCUGCAGAAAUUGGCUGUCUGCUUCUUCAUUGGCUGUGGCCUAGUUAUACUGGGCCUUCACGUUUUGGGCGACCAGCGACACCACCGGCCCGUGCCCCCCGACGUGGAGAGUCUAGAAGAGAGGAAACCGGCCAGCGCUGCGCCACCGCCAGCUGUCAAGACGCUUUUCCAGGCCUUGUGCAGAAUGGGCGUCAUCAUGGCCUACUUCUAUCUGUGCGAUCGUGCUGAUUUGUUCAUGAAGGAGCAGAAGUUCUACACGCACUCCACCUUCUUCGUCCCGCUUGUCUACAUAUUUGUUCUGGGGGUGUUCUACAAUGAAAACAGCAAAGAGGUGAAAUUACUGAACCGGGAGCAGACGGACGAGUGGAAGGGUUGGAUGCAGCUGGUCAUUCUCAUUUAUCACAUAUCUGGAGCUAGCGCCUUUAUUCCGGUUUACAUGCACGUGCGUGUGCUGGUGGCUGCCUACCUUUUCCAGACGGGCUAUGGCCACUUUUCCUUUUUUUGGCUCAAAGGAGAUUUUGGACUUUAUAGAGUGUGCCAGGUACUUUUUCGUCUCAACUUUUUAGUGUUGGUUUUGUGCGUGGUGAUGAACCGGCCCUACCAGUUUUAUUACUUCGUCCCCCUGGUCACCUUCUGGUUCUUCGUUAUCUACGCCUUGUUAGCGGUGUGGCCUCAGAUUGUGCAGAAGAGGGCCAAUGCUAGCAAAAUGUGGCACUUUGGCGUCCUGCUCAAGCUUCUGGUGCUUUCGGUGUUCAUCUCCUUCUUAGCUUAUUCACAGGCGUUCUUCAACAGCAUCUUCUCCUUUUGGCCCUUCUCCACGCUCUUUGAGUUGAACGGAAGCGUCUACGAGUGGGCUUUCAGAUGGAAGUUGGACCGCUUUGUGGUGAUCUACGGCAUGCUGUUCGCCUUCAUCUACCUGGUGCUCCAGAAGCGACAGGUGCUGUCCGAAGGCAAAGGAGAAGCUCUAUUCUCCCCUUUCAUCUCCAACAUGCUGCUCUUGUUCUCGCUCACCACUUUUGUCAUGUACUCCAUGUGGGCCAGCGGCUGCAAAAACAAAACAGAGUGCAACGAGAUGCACCCGUACAUCUCGGUGUUGCAGAUCUUGGCCUUCGUUCUAAUCCGGAACAUUCCUGGCUACGCACGCUCCAUCUAUAGUUCCUUCUUUGCUUGGUUUGGAAAGAUUUCCUUGGAGCUGUUCAUUUGCCAGUACCACAUCUGGCUGGCCGCCGACACCAAAGGCAUCUUGGUCCUGAUCCCGGGCGUCCCGUCGCUCAAUAUCCUGGUCAGCACGUUCAUCUUUGUGUGCGUGGCCCACGAGAUCUCCGUCAUCACCAACGACUUAGCCAAGGUGAUCAUCCCCAAGGACACGGCGGCGCUCGUCAAGCGACUCGGCGUCUUUUCCCUGCUGGUUUUGCUCAUCCUGCUUUGGGCCAAAGAGCAGCCAAACACUUGAACUCGAGCAACUUUUUUUUUUUUUUUUUGGACUGCUGUGAUAGUCGCACACUGAAGAACAAUGACUGAAUUUUUCCUCUUACAGCAAAAAAAAAACACUUCGCGAAGGAGGAAGUUUUCCGAUCUCAACUCUCCGUCCACAUCUACCAAACUUAAAAAAAAGUGCUGCAUUGUAUUUUCACCACAUUUUACAGUAUUUGAUUUCAAAAUUUUUAAUAUGCAAAAUACGGACCAACUAGCCGAUCAAAAAUGUUUUUUUUUUGCUAUUUUUUGUGAGUAAUCCUGUGCUAAAAGGUACUGCUGUAGCUCUUAAAUUCUAUGUGAAAUGUACAGUAUUUAAUUAUUUAAAAUUAAGCUUAUAUUUUAUACGCUUUGUUUUGUACUUUCUGCGCACUUAGUUUUGAUUUUUUUUGAGGGGGGGUUUAAUCUGCCUCAACCAUGGUAGAACAUGCACAACUAACAUCGUGACUCCUUUUUAAACGUAUACUAAGUAGCCACCAAAAUGCACUGACUUGGCUAAAAAAAAGACUAAUUGUUUGCUUGAUUUGUGAUUUUUUUCUUGUUCUUUGCAGGUUUAGCACUUUUUAAAAAAAACUGAGAAUCAAGAUCACGUCUGCAAGAAAAAAAAAGUCACGAAAUGGUAGGUGAUCUGCGAGCUUUGACUGAAAAAAUUGCGUUUUUUUGUUGUUGUUGAGCCUGUCAUUAUCUCGUUUGUCGGGUACCUUUAACGGUGAGGACGUCCGCGCUGUUUGAACUGGGAGGGCUGGCAGCGAAUGAACGUUCGUUCAUUCGCUGCCAGCCCUUCCAGAUCAAACGGAGCGGACGUCCGUCGAUGGCGUUAAAUCACGUUUUUCCGUUACUGUUCAACAGUGGUACGUUGGCUCUCCGGCCUUAAUUGUUCAAUUUUUGGUAGUGUAAAAGCAACAACUAUUUAUACUCUUUGAAAUAUGCUACACAUCAUUUUUUUCGGGGUGACGUCUUAAAAUGUGAAAUGUAUCCAUAUUUAUAAAUGGCCUUUAUUGUGCUGUACAGAACUUCAUAAAAUGUGCAGUUUUGGCUUCAGUUGUUGUGAUUAUUUCCUAUCGGGACAAAAGUAAGACACAAAAUGAUAUUUAAUAGAUUUAAUCCGAUGUGACGGUUUACAUUUAAUGUAGAACGACACACAAAAUUCCUUUUGUAGGUAAAAACAUUUAUGCUACGUGACAUGCAGAUUGGCACAACUUUUAAGUGGGUGAAAAGCUCACAAAUCAAGUGCUUCGGACACUUUUCUCUCCUCAGGAAUACCAUUUACCUGCACAUAGGAAAGUAUGAAAGAUGGUUAAUAUUCAUAUUUUUAUAGUGGGUUCAAAUAGUCAGUGCCUACCUCCAACCUUCGAAAUGUAGACAUGACAUAACUAUCUCCUUUGUUAGCAGUAAAAAAGAGAAGUUGUUUAGCGUGGUCAGAGUACCACCAGUGGUUGGUGGGCUCCCUCUAGGGGUAUAUACGAAGGAUCAUGUAUACAUGUUUAAAAAAGAAACAAAUUC